AUGUCCAUCAUCCAACAGCACACGAGCGCGUCGCUCAGCGAUGCCUGGCGCACAAUCAAUAUCGAUGCCCUGACCGAGGACUCGAGCGUCAACUUCGACACCUCGACCCUGCACCCGCCGCAGCCCGAGAUCACCGAGGCCGACGUGCGCGCGUUGUCGGGCCAGGUCCGUCAGCUGCUGCGCGGCGGCGAUGCCGAAGGCGCUCUCCGCGGGUGCCUGGAGACGCCGGUAUAUAACGGAAGUGACGCAGCCAAGGACGCCCACCUCCAAACAAUCACGGAAGUGCUACAGUCCAUCAAGGCCAGCGACAUGACGCCACUGCUGAAGCGCAUCUACGAGUCCCCCGGCGGCAGCGAAAGCCUCGAUGUCCUGAUGAAGUACAUCUACAAGGGAAUGGCCGGAUCGCACGGCGGACGCGGAACCAAGGUCACCCCUCAGCCCACCGGCGGCUUCAGCCAGGUCGGCGCACGGCCAGGCGCGUCCAACGAACCGGCGUCGGCUGGCAUGAGCGUCAUGCUGAGCUGGCACGAGAAGCUAGUCGAGGUUGCCGGACUGGGAUGCAUCGGCAGAACGAUGACCGACUGGCGACGAGUAUAA